GUUAAGCUGAGUUACAGAGGCUGUUAUUCGGGGUAGAAUGAUGACGGACAUAAUGUGCGAUCUCAAAGGUGGAUAAAAAGGCGGAAAAUAUGUCGGACGAGUUUCGUCUGGUACAAGAAUGUCAAAACCCGAGACAGCUCCAAUUGCUAUUUGCGAACGGGAAGAACAUCGAAGCCAGAAACGACCGCCAUGAGACGCCAUUGAUGGCCGCCAUAGCUAAUGUUGAUUCGCAAUUAGUGGCUCCAAUUGUGAAAACCCUGAUCAGCCUUGGAGCUGACACCAAUGUCAUAAACGGCUUACGUCAAACCCCUUUCAUGUACACGUGCAUCAUGGAUUACCCGGAAGUGGCUUUCAUCUUGUUACAAAAGGAAGGAACCGAUAUCAAUGCUCAGGACAACAAAGGUAUGACCGGUCUGAUGUUUGCGUGUCAGCUCAAUAAUGUCGACAUGGUGGAAUUAAUUCUGAAAUUACACACUUCCGGUCAACAAAAGGUUGACCUUUCACUGAGAAAUGUAUUCGGUCGAAAUGCUUUCGAAGAAGCUAUCGAUAAACGGAGUGCUGGGGCGUUAGCCUUACUGUCACGUCUUAAGAAAAAUGAGUUACGGAAACAAUAUACGGAUUACGGAAGUAGCACAAAGCGAAAGAUCCGGAAGUCAGAUGAUGAUCAGUCACUUCGUCCCAAGUCCGGAUUGGACAGCUUCCGAACGGACAUAGGGAAAAGUGUAAGUUAUGAUUCAUUGGCCACGUCUGUCGAUGCAAAUGCGUUUCAUCACUUUAAGCGUGAACUAGCUGACGAAUUUGUGAAAUUAUCGGAUAAGACAAAUCACGAGGAUAUUGAAAGGGCGCCUAGUUCUGUUGCUGACAAGCCUAAUGCGAGCGCUUCGCGAGAGGACGGCGAUGGGGAGCAGAAACAGGGGGAGGUCGGAGACUUGGUCCUGGCCGUUCGUCAGUGUGCGGCGGACAUAAAACAAAUAUGUGAAGAUUACGAUAUAAACUACAAGGAGGAGGGGAACCGUACGCAGGUCCCGGGAGCCCCUCAUGAACCAAGCCGCCUUUACGGCCAAAUGGUCAAUAAUCAGGAGGAUAGCAAAAAGAACACGAAAGAGGGCAAACAUUCGAGCAAGUCAUCUGGGUAUGUAGCGCAGGAUGGGGUGGUGGAUAUGUUGUCACGGCGACAUAAAAAGAACUGCAGCAAACGGAAGGAACGACACCAGGAUCUCGCGCAGCUUGUCAACACUCUGGUCAUGUCUAGUGCUAAAGGCACGAGUAGCUUCAGAGAUGUUAGGAACGGCAAGACGUGCUACGGGGAUCACGAAAGACUAACACCAAACACAACGAUAGACCCAAGUCCGCGGGAAUCUCGGUGUGGACGAGAGUCGGAAAACAUGGCGGAAAAUCUUCUGUCUGUGUCUAGACUUUCCACAACACCACGUGCAAGUAACGCUCAGACUCUUACGCGAACUUCCGGAAACAGACCGCGACUCACGAACAGCACACAUUCCGUGUCACCUGAUCAAAAGCGAUUGUGUGACCGGAAAACCAUGGACAAGGUCAUUAUCACGCCAACACGUGAGGUUGGGAUGGCUGGAGGUAUCACCCUACAAGUCCCUAUAGAUCAACAAGCAUUGAACAAUACUGGGUACUUUCGUAAAGGAAAGCCGAAGAAAAGUAAGAAGCAUCAAAAGGGGAAAGAAAAAUCACCUCCAAGAGAAAAUGUUUUUAGAUAUGAGGUGCCAGAUGAAUUCAAACCAGUAUCUGUUGAACUGAAAUCGGACCCCAAAACUGUGGAUCCACUUAAACUGCGUUCAUUUAGGGACCCAUUGCCAAGAAUUCCCUGUUCUUCGAACAUGACAGUCCAUAGCGACCUGCGCCUGCCGCCCUUACGAGAAAGUCUCCGCUUCACAGGGUCAGCCCGUCCUGUGAAACUACAGAGCUUGGAUCGGGACCUCUGGCGAAUCAUUGAGGCAUCGAACUUCUCCAAGGGCAAAAUACAUAAAUAAAACACCUGUGAUUAUCGA